AAGCUUACACCCUGCAUUCAAAAUAUAGCAACACAAUGGACGAUAUUCAAGGAUACAUACAAAUAUUCCUUGUUUGCAUAGCUUCAACAAUAUUGCUCCGAGCCGUAUUCAAAGCUUCAAAAUACCACCUUCCACCUAGUCCAUUGGCCUUACCAGUGAUUGGACACUUCUACUUGCUAAAACCACCCCUUCACAGAUCUUUCCAGAAGCUCUCAAAUCGCUAUGGACCCUUGAUUCAUCUCUACCUCGGCUCCACUCCCAUUGUAGUUGUUUCCUCAGCAGAAACAGCCAAAGAGAUCUUCAAAACCCACGAACUUUCCUUCUCCAACCGACCAGCAAAUGCUGCCAUAAGCUACCUCACUUAUGACUCAUCCGAUCUAGGGUUUUCCCCUUAUGGAACCUUCUGGAAGUUCAUGAAGAAGCUUUGCAUGUCAGAGCUUCUCAAUGGGAGGAUGCUGGAUCAACUCCUACCCAUCAGGCAAGAAGAGAUAAACAGGUUUGUGGCGAUGAUAAAGAAGAAAGGUGAAGUGUGCCAGGGUGUGAAUGUUGGAGAGGAGCUUUUGAAGUUGACGAACAGCAUAGUGAUGAGAAUGGCCGUAAGCAAGAGCUGUUUAAACACUGAUGAUGAGGCUCACAAGGUGGUGGAAAGGGUGAAGGAGUGUGCCGUGUUGAGUGGAAGGUUUAACCUAGCAGAUUAUUUUUGGUUCUGUAAGGGGUUGGAUCUUCAGGGAAUUGGGAAGAGGCUAAAGGAGGUUCGUGGCAGGUUUGACACCAUGAUGGAGAUUAUCAUUAGGGAGCAUGAAGAUUCGAGAGAUAAAUCGAGUGUGGCAAAAGAUGUUCUUGAUGCUCUUUUGAGUAUUUCUGAAGAUCAAAGCUCAGAGGUGAAAAUAACCAGAGACAACAUCAAAGCCUUCUUGGUGGAUAUGUUCACAGGAGGGACAGAUACAACGGCAGUUACUCUAGAAUGGUCACUGGCAGAACUAAUUAACCAUCCAACAGUGAUGGAGAAAGCAAGGAAGGAAAUUGACUCCAUAAUUGGCAAAGACAGAAUAGUAACGGAAUUGGACAUAGAAAACCUUCCUUAUCUCCAAGCCAUAGUGAAGGAGACACUGAGGCUUCACCCUCCAUCGCCAUUUGUAUUGAGAGAGUCAACUAAAGAUUGCAUCAUUGUUGGAUAUGACAUUCCAGCAAAGACUCAGGUUUUCACCAAUGUGUGGGCCAUUGGAAGGGAUCCAAAGCAUUGGGAUAACCCUCUUGAGUUUAGGCCUGAAAGGUUUCUUAGCAAAGAUGAUGAGACAGGAAAAAUAAUAGGUCAAGUUGAUGUGAGGGGACAACAUUAUCAGUUUUUGCCUUUUGGGAGUGGAAGAAGAGGGUGUCCUGGAACUUCACUAGCACUAAAGGUUGCUCACACCACCCUUGCUGCUAUGAUCCAAUGCUUUGAAUGGAAGGGUGAAGAAGAAGAAAAUGGAGGGAAUUGUGGUAGCAUUGAUAUGAAAGAGGGACCUUCAUUUAUUCUUUCAAGGGCUGAACCCCUGAUUUGUCUCCCAAAACCAAGACUUGUGCCAUUCCCUUUGUGUUAUGCUUGCUAAAUGAUAAUUGUCGUUGUCCCUCAAAGACUAGUAUGCAACCUAGAAGUAUGCUAUCAUUUAAGACCGUCACUUCUUUGUUUUCAUUCUUGUUUUCUUUUCAUUGCUUUGGUCGUCGUAUAUCCAUUACCUAUGUUAAACCUAAUGAUGUGUAAGUAAACACAUGAAGUAUUUAAAUUUGGUUUGAUAAAAAAAAGGCAUGCUAGAAAAAA